AUGGCUUCAACUCAGAAUCCUGUUCGCAUUGCUAUGCGCGAUAAGCACUAUAAUGAACGCUCCGAGAUUCAGAAUGCAGCUAUGAAAGCUGGCCUGGAUUUGAUCCCCAGCUUUUCAGACAGAGACAAUUUGGUGGUCGUUGACUAUGGGUCUGCGCAGGGUGCCAACUCCAUCGAACCUGUCAAGAAAGCUAUCUCAACCUUGCCAGAUGGCGCCAUUGCUUCUCUCAUCUUUGAAGACACCCCAUUCAAUGACUUCGGAACCUUGGCAAAUACUGUCUCGGAUAACUUUACCAACCAAGACAGCAAGAUCCAGAUCAUUCCAAGUCUUGUUCCGUUGGGAUUCUAUCAGCAGGUGGUCCCAACAGGUCAAGUUGACAUUGGCUUCUCCUGGUCCUCCUUCAACUACCUCGAGAAGAUUCCUUCUGUUAGUCUUGACGCAACAGCUUCACCAGCUGAGUUUGCAGUUGCUCGUCACAAAGCCCUAGCCGCAGCAGCGCACACAGACCUGAUCAAGCUACUCACGCUUAGGGCCAAGGAGACUCGGAGCGGAGGAUACUUCAUUGCUGCUAUCGGAGGUCAGGCACCUGAAGGAGAGAUUACGCCUUCCAAACCAGGAUCCCAAGUUCUUCAAGCCGGAUUGAUGCGCAUGGUCGGUGAGGGGAAGCUCUCGCUGCCUGAGCUGAUGCAGAUGGCUCUCUUCCCAAGUCAUGAGCGCACGCCUGAUGAAGUGCGAUCUGCUUUGAAGGAUGAGGCUGUCGCAGCGUUAUGGGACGUGGAGCCUAUGGAGUCGAAGCUAAUCGUGCAGCCAGCAUGGGAAGUCUACCAAGAUAAGAUCAAAGCUGAUGAAAGUAAAAAAGACGAAGCCCUGAAGGAAUACGCCCGGGUCGCCAUCAACAACGUGGUCUCAGCCUCCGGGUGGUUCUGGGUCGACGUCCUGAAAAGAUCCAGAGGUCAAGAUUGGGACGGAGGCGAUGCCUUUCUCGAAGAAUUCAUCAACAUCACAGUUGAGGAAUUUGUCACAAAGUUUGCGGACUUUAAGUUGGAGAUAUGGUACAACUACAUCAAGCUCAAGAGAACCGAUAAGAAGGCCUAG